AUGCAGUUUUCUUCCCUCGCAGCAUCUUUCCUCAUGCUCAGCUUCCCUCUAGCUGCCAUCGCGCAGCAACGAUGCAGUGUACCCUCACUCUCUUCAGACACCAACAAGGAGAACAGCGUCGCGGUGAAUUUUGAUGCCGCAACGAACAAAUACUCUGCGUCUGUCCCGCCUGGCAACAUGGAACUUAUCAUACCAAGCCUCAGCAUCACCAACAACGGAGGGAAAAAUCGGACCUUUUGCUUAGCCAUCGAUCCUUCGUCACCUAGGACUGUUGAUUGUUUUGGGGUGGAGCCGAAGUCAACAUGUACCAUACCCGACUACCGCGGCGUCCCUUUCAGGCUUGACACAUACCUGCGUUAA